CUAGUUAGCGAGAUGAAGAUUAUAGCAAUAAUCCUAUUUGCAAACAUCGGCUACGCCUUAUGUGUGUUUGAAGCGGAUGAUGCCGUUGUUACUCAGGAAAUAAGAGAUGUUGUAAAUAAGUAUAAACGCUUAUCCACUGGAAACGCUGAAUUCUCUCAGCGAAUUGAAAAACUUUACUAUAUGAUUCCCCUGCAACCAGCCUUAUUUCCAGAAAAAAUUCGUGCAGUGACAGAGUUUAAACACUACGACCGAGAGCGACAAAGAUUGGAAGAUGACAUUACUGAGCGCAUAAACAGGCUUAAAACUAUAAUUCGCUUGAGAAAGGGAGAGAAUGUGGUCCGCAAAAGAAAAAUCAAAUCAAGAAUCGGAUUGUUAAGUUAG